AUGGAUGAGACAGAAAGUUCACCAGAGAAAGCAAGUGAAGUCUUGGAUAAAGCAGGCGAGGUCUCGGUGACUGGUGAUUCUAAUAUAGUGACUAGUGAACUGUGUGAUCCUAAAGCUGAUAGUUGUAUGGAAAAAAGUGAUGUAGAAAGCAAAGAUACAGCAAGUGAAUUACAGAAUCAUUUUGAGCAUGAUCCAAGUGCUGGAGAUACUAAAAGUGUGAAAAGUGAUGUCAGUAAUACAAAAGAUGAAGACUCCAUACUUGAUGCUACAGGAGAAGAAGCAGCUGACAGUGAAUCAGAAGAUAAUGAAUCCAAAAGUAAAAAACAAAGUUCCCAAGAUAUUUUCAGUCGGGAAUCAACAAGCCUUGCACCUAGUGAUGAACUUAGUCAAGAAGGUACAAGUCAAGAAACUAUUAGUCUAGAAACGAAUAGUGAGAAACUCGAAGAGGAAAGCCAAACAACUAAUGAUGACAAUUGUAUAGAUAAAAAUGAGAAUUUUGAUGAUGACAAAAAAGAAAAUGAUGAAAUUGGCAAACCUGAAUUUGAGACAGCCCCUAAUGUAUCUGUUGAUGAACCAGAAGACCACACACAGGCUCUCGAUCCAUUUGAUGCUCUAUUGAAAGAUGGAAAUGAACCCAGUCAAAGUGGAGAAUCAUCAGAAAAACCGACCAUAGCUGCUACAGUAAAUAUUGAUGACGAUGAUGAUGACCAUAAUGCUGAUGGUGAUGUAACACAUGAUGAUGAAGAAGAACAUCACACAGAUGAAGCUGGAGUUACAGAGCUGGUGGAUGAACCAGGCGGCGAUGAGGAGCUAUGCUUACUGCCUGACACAGAAAGAGAAAUAUCAGAAGCUGACAAAGCUGAGGCAGAGAAGGUCUUGGCUGAGAAGAGAAAGCAAGCUGAAGAAGCUGCGAGUGCAGCAGCAGAAUCAGCAGUUCCUAAAGUUGAGACAGGAGACGAACCAGAAGGUGAAGAGAGUAAAGAAGAACCAGUCAAUAGUGAAGCCACUGAAACUUUGGAGGCUGGAAAUGAGGAAGCAUCACACGAGAAUGGUGGAGAUAAAGAAAAUGAAGCAGAGCAUGAGGAUACAGCUGAAAUAGAAGAAAACUUAACUCCAAAUGUUAUUCAAGAGAUAUCUUCAUUUGACUCUACUUGCAUACAAUGUAAAACAGAACAAUCAUGUUCAUACAGGAUAGCAAUGAAAGAAAAUGAAACCUCUUACUUAUGUAACCCCACUUGUCUCAAGGAGUUUCAGUUAGAGCAUCCUGGACAAUAUACCAUUACUUUUAAAAAAUAUAUGAUAAUAGAAAAAGUACCUAAAAUUAUGACAUGCUCAGAAUGUGAGGAAUCUAAAAUGUGCUACUUCUAUUAUGAUUAUGAUGGUGAAGAUACCAACUAUUGCUCAUUAUCCUGUCUUAACAGUAUGAUGGGUGAUGAAAAAGAUAAAUAUGUAUUCAAACGACGUAGAAUAGUGGUACUAGAAAGCACUCCUAAAGAAGCUGAAUGUUUUGUGUGUCACGAAAACAAAAAAUGCAUUUUCUCUAUGAACAGAUAUGGUGAAGAUUGUUUUAUCUGUGAACAUCCUUGUAUAAAAAACUUAAAUAUCCAAGAAAGUGGUAGGUAUAUGAUCAAAAAGGUACGGACACUCAGAAAGGUGGACAAGCUUCCUUCAACGGUUAACCCACCAUUACUUAAACUAAAAGUCAUAAGUAAUGCAACAGAUAAAUAUUUAGAUGAAGCCUAUAAAAUACAGGCUAAAACUCCUGCUAUGGUACAAGCGGCCAGGGAAGAGAGAGAACGGACUUUCACACGGCGUUGCAAUCAGUGUGUUACACCUCUACAUGUUGAUGAAAAAAUAUUGACUUGGGAAACCAUGGACUUUUGUAAUGAAGUAUGUUUAGGAAGGUAUCAAAAUAAAAUAGGUUCUAAAUGUGCAAACUGCCAAAAUGCAGUACAGCAUACAAGUUUAGGCAAAUAUUGUGUGAGAUUCGGUUACGAUAUUCGUCAGUUUUGCAACUCAGGUUGUUUGGAGGAAUUUAAGAAAGGUUUGAAAAUAUGUUGUUAUUGUCAAAGGGAUAUAUCUGUAGGGCAUCAAGGUUUCUUAGCUCCUGUUGGUGAUAAAGGCCAGUUUAAAGAUUUUUGUUCGCAAGCUUGUAUGGGAAAGUUUGACCAGAUGAGUAAAAAUCCAAUACCUCAACCUGUUUGGGCAAAAUGUGCUGUCUGCUCCCUAGAAAAGGCUACGUCAAUUGAAGUAGAAGUGAGUGAAGAUGUGACACAGAGGUUGUGCUCAGAUCCAUGUUUUGCUGCUUUCAAAUUCGUUAAUAACAUAUUUCCCGAUCAAUGCCGAUGGUGCAAAAAAUACUUCGAACGCAAACAAAGCAAAUGUUUCACAAUCUACGAAGCUGCCAAUCCUCAUUGUUUUUGUUCUAAAUCUUGUAUGAACGUGUAUAUAAGCAACUCUCGACAUAUUGUGCCAUGCAACUGGUGUAAAGUCAAAAAGUAUAAUUUUGAUAUGAUCAGAAGGCUACAAGCGAAUGGACAAGCAAUAAUGAUGUGUUCACUUAAUUGUUUGAAUCUCUAUCAAGUUUCCGUCAAUGCCGUCUCAUCUAGAAGAACAAAAUGUGACUUGUGCAAGCGCACAUCGUUGGCGCAGUACCACCUUACGAUGUCGGACGCUACAGUGCGAAACUUCUGCACAUAUCAAUGUGUCAUGACAUUCCAAGGUCAAUACUCCAAGCACACUCCACCCCUAAUGCCGGGCGAGUCCAUCGACCAGCAGAAGGCCGUACCUACCGGUGCCCCAAGAAGAACAUAUCCAGCGGCCAGUAAAAACAACACCUCUAAAAACACACAGCGUUCUACCGGUGGGAUGCCUGUUAUCUCAAGCGUACAAUCCUUAGCUGCACCACCACCGUUAAUGCCGUCCAUGACGAGACAAAAGUCAAAACGUCUGCAACAACCCAUUCCUGAACCUGAACCCCCCCAGGCGCCUAAAACGCCUCCUCCUCCCCCGAAACCUCCUACACCGCCUCCACCACCCCCACCCAAGAUAUACAAUCACGUUAUAGUCAAAACAUUACCCGCUAAAGAAGUAGCUAAUAAGGCAACUAUGUCUAAACCCAUGAUGGUAUCAAAAGGAGUCUCUUGCAGACCUCACCCAUGCACAAAAGAGUGUCAAACAGAUCCCAGUUUAGAGCGAAGAGUAUUAAUUCCAGUUCCAGUACCUAUAUAUGUCCCUGUACCGUGUGCAAUGUGGUCGCUACCUUUCCCUGUACCAGUUCCUAUUCCGCUCCCAAUCCCAACACCAAUAUUCAUACCUACAACUAGAAAUUCAGCUAAAGGAAUCAUGAAAGAAAUCAAUAAGAUACAUGAUAAGAUGCCAACGGAUCCAUUUGAAGCAGAAUUGCUAAUGAUGGCGGAAAUGGUAGCAGGUGAUAAAAAGAAGGAUCAAAGUGAUUCAGACACAGAUGAAGAGAAUGAAGCUGAAACGUUUAGUCCCGUCGUAACCGGUAUCGACGGCAAUAAUGCAUUCGGCGAAGAUAUGCUGCAGAUGGCACUAAAGAUGGCCACGGAAUAUGAAGAUCAGCCCGUCGAUUUGGAGUCUGCCAUGACGGCCAACACUAUCACGCCUAGCUCACAUCCUGGUAUGCCCGGUCUCGAAGGCGAGAGCAUGCACCACCACCACAUGAUGGUGAUCGAGCAGCAGCGCGCGGUGGCGGCGCUGCGCGCGUCGUCGGGGGCGGGGCGCAAGCGCGGCGGGCCCGGCGCCGUGCCGCCCGCCGCGCCCGCGCCCGCCCGCCCCGCGCGCGCCCCCAAGCGCCGCCGCGCCGACCCGCCGCCCCCGCCGCAGCCCGACCCGCCGCGGGAGCCCGCCGAGAAACCUGACGCUAACAUGUGCCUCAAGUACACCUUUGGAGUGAACGCAUGGAAGCAAUGGGUAAUGACGAAGAACGCGGAAAUAGAAAAAUCGUCGGUACGACGAAAACCUUUCAAGUCUGAAAUAUUGCAGCUAACGGCGGACGAACUGAAUUAUUCACUAUGUUUAUUCGUGAAGGAAGUUAGGAAACCUAAUGGGAGCGAAUAUGCACCCGACACUAUUUAUUAUUUGGUUUUAGGAAUACAACAAUAUCUAUUUGAAAAUGGUAGGAUAGACAACAUAUUUACAGACCCAUAUUAUGAGAAGUUCACAGACUGCUUGGAUGAGGUCGCUAGGAAGUUUUCAGUUUUAUAUAAUGACUCACAAUAUAUUGUAACACGAGUAGAAGAAGAACAUCUAUGGGAAAGCAAACAGUUGGGUGCACAUUCCCCUCACGUACUCCUAUCUACGCUUAUGUUUUUCAAUACGAAACAUUUUAACUUAGUCACAGUAGAAGAACAUAUGCAGCUAUCAUUUUCGCACAUAAUGAAGCAUUGGAAAAGAAAUCCUAACCAGCCUGGUCAGGCAAAAAUGCCUGGAUCUAGAAACGUAUUAUUGAGGUUCUACCCGCCACAGUCAGCUUUAGGUGAGUAA